AUGGCCGUAACACCAGAGACGAUGGAAGUGGCAGCCCUAGGAAGACCUAUGUCACUUGGUAUGCUUUACGACUCCCGCAAAGAUUCUUUCAUUCCAGGUCUUACUCUCUGGGAUAAGAAAUCCUUGGAUGAAAAUGUAGGCACUCAUCUUCAGGUCCAGACAAAUCUGAAGUUCAGUAGCUCUGAUUCCCUUUCUACUAAGUCCAGUCUCCUGGAUAUAAGUGCUUCCCUGAAGGCCAGUUUCUUGGCGGGGCUCGUGGAGGUGGGAGGAUCUGGAAAGUUCCUGCAUGACACCAAAUCCUCACAACAACAGUCCAGAGUUACAAUGUAUUACAGUGAAACCACAAGAUAUGAACACCUCACUAUGUCCCAACUGGGCCAGAUCACCCACCCUGAAGUAUUUGACCAACAAACUGCAACUCAUGUUGUCACGGCGGUACUGUACGGAGCUCAGGCCAUCAUGGUGUUUGAUCGGAUGUUUUCAGAAGAGGAAAACAAGCAGGAGAUUGAGGGAGAAAUGAAUGCCAUGGUCAGGAGCAUCCCUUCAUUUUCCAUUACUGGAGAUGGAUCUGUAAAUAUGAAAGAUCAUAACAAGACAAUGUCUGAGAAGAUCACAUGCACAUUUUAUGGGGACUUCUCUCUUGAUCAGGACCCCACCACAUACAGGGAGGCCAUUAAGACAUACAAGAAUCUCCCCACUCUGCUGAAGAACAAUCCAGAUAAUGUGGUUCCAAUAAAAGUCUGGCUCUAUCCUCUUCAUCGAUUGGACAAUAAAGCAGCUCAGAUUAAGAGAGAAAUCACCACAAGUCUGAUUUCCGACAUUGAAUCUUUAAUGGAGGAGCUGGGAGAGGCAGAAAAGAAAUACAAUGACCUGCUCAAAAGAACACUAGUCGAUACUUUCAGUGACAUUAAAGAGAGGCUGCACUCUUUUCAAGAGUCAUUUAACUUUUACAAGACAAAGCUACUGAGUACAAUUGGCAGGGUCUUGCCUGAUAUUCGAGGAGGAGAUAUGGAGGAAAAAUAUCUGGAAGACAUCCUGGAGACCCAUAGGAGCUCCCCAUUCAGAGCUAGCAUGCUUAACCACUGGUUAAAUGAUGCAAAGUCUGAACUUGAACUCUUGAGUUCUCUUACCGAGACAUUGGAUGGGAUCAAAAUUGAAGACUCAGACAAUCUCAUGAACCUCUUCUUUGACUUAGAUAUUGAUGCAGUGGUGUGCUUCACCUUGACAUCUCUGGAGUAUGAAGACAGAUAUAUUUCAACCCUGGAAAACUUCCUGCAUUCUGGCAGGUUUAGAGUGCAAGUUGGGUUUAACACUUAUUUUUCAGUGAAAUCUUCUGGAAAGUGGUUCAGUGAUCACAAUGUCAUAGUAAAGAUGAUAAAAGACUUGUCUCAAUUCAGGAGGUUUGCAGAGGCCAAUAAAGAUAACAAGAAAAUCCAUUUCAUAAUAUCUUCAAUUGCCAAUCCCUCCAUUGCAGGCUCCUCUAUCUAUCUGUAUGAAAAAGGGGACCUGACAGACAAACAGUUCAAGCCCAUGUCUAAGCCGCCCCCACCAAUAGUGAAGAAUGUCAAGGACCAAACUGUGUCCUUGAAGCUACAAAAAUCUUCAUCUAGAGGGAGAGUGCAGUACAGAGUAGAAUACAAGCCAAUUAAACCACAUAAUAAAGCUGAGGAACCAUGGCAUUCUAUGGACACAUAUGAUGAAGACUUUACUUUGACUGGAUUGGAGUCUGGACAGCAAUACUGGAUCCGCUAUAGGAGAGUUGAUAAAGUGGGAGUGAGUGAAGCCAGUGAUACUGUCAGCACUUCCUCUUUCGUGACGUGGCUGCCAAACAAUGCGGAUAAACACACAGACGGAGUACAACCUUUGAUUGUGGGUGGGAGAGGAGGUGAUGAAUUCUCCAUUAAGUCCACUUAUAACAACCGCAACACCGUUAAGAAGAUCGUCAUAUAUUACUCUAUGGAGUCAAUACAAACAAUACAGCUGUUUCUCGAGGAUGACCAGAUGAUUCAAGUUGGUAAGAAUAAAGGAAGUCAUGAAGAAGAACUUGAAUUUGACAAAACGGAUAAAAUUGUUUCUGCAAAACUGUGGCCAAAUAGUCGUAAUGACAGAUUUUGUGGUCUGGAAUUUAAGGUAAAAAAAAUGACUGGUGAAAUAACAAAAAUGUCUGUCAAAUGUAACAAUCUGGGUGUGCCUGUGAAUGUUAAUGUUAGAUCAGGAGAUUGUCAAGGCAUGAAAGGUAGAGCCGGACAUGAAAUUGAUGCUCUGGGUUUCUAUUUCAAUUAGACUGCAGGUUUAUAUUUGUGUUUUUUAUAAUUCUAUUCCAAAUAACAAAUGAACAUCUAAAAAAUGACAUCUGAACAGCAAUCGCACAAGCUAAAGAUAUAUUUUUUUAGAAAUGUAUACUAAAAGUGUGUGAGUGACGAUAUCGGAUUUGAAUGUAUCAGUAAUAUUUCACAAGUUUUCUUAUAAUUAUAAUUUUCAGGUAAAUCAAUAAAUAAUUGUAUUUUGGGUUAAGGGAAAACCAUGAAUAGCAUCUUAUUUUGUUUAAUGUAAUGUAUGUCUAUAUUUAGUUUUUUUAUCAUUUAUUUUUCUGUUCUGUACCUUGUGGAAAUACAAAACAUCUUGAUGUACAAUGACAAUAAAGA